AUGGUGCAAUCGUAUCUUUUGCUCGGAUUCCUGACUGCCCUUUGCCAACCGGCAUAUGGUCUAGUAUUCCCUGAUAGGAUCAAGCAAGUUGUCGGAGAUCGGGCUAUGUACUUGCUGCAUGAUUUUACGGACCCAGUAUCUGUGAGCUUCAGCGACGAACAAAUUCCUGGGACGAAGGGCUGGAAGUUUGAUACAGAGGGUCGCCCGGAUGAUCAAGCUGUUAUCACUCCUCUUAACUCCGCCAAAGCCCUGAUAUGCGAGGAGGGCAGCAUAUGCGCGCUGAGUUCUGACGGGAAACAACAAGCCUAUGUGAUCGCCAGGAUCCCUGGUGACCGUCCCAUUUUCACCUUCCAAGAUACGCUUUCGACUCUCUACGUGUCACGCACUGGUGACGAGUUGCAGCUGACCGAGAAUAUCUCUGAGGCGAGCUAUUUUGAAUUAGAAAAAGUUGAAGGAGAUGACUGA